AUGACCUCUUACCCCCCUACUGGUCUGGCCCCCACUGUUGAGCACCUCCCUCAAUGGAUCAGGCUCGGUCUCGGUGACAAGGAGUAUAUUUGUGAAGAAAAGAAGGCAACGUUCGAUCCAGACAAUCUUCCCGAUAACCUGCCUGAUCUCUUCAAGCACAGCAGCUAUAUGGCAGAGUUGCUGACCGAGAAGCCCGAACUUUACGACAAGCUCAAGAGCAAGAUUACUAAGAACGCUGUUGUUGUUGUUAUCCGUUAUGUCGACUACGAGACGGUUGACUGUGGUUCUUUGGCUUGGCCUCAAUAG